AUGGCUAACACAAAUAAACUUACCUUACUCACCUUGAAUUGUCAAGGACUUCGUUCAUCUGAUAAUCGUGAUACUUUAUUCUCUUGGCUAAACUGCUGUAAGACUGACAUUGUAUGCCUCCAAGAAACACAUUCUCUUUCGGAGCAAGAAUUUUCAUCCUGGCUUACGUCUGCAUCUGCCAGUGGGCUGAAUAAAUUUGGGUACAAGUGUCUAUCCUCUCCCGGUACCAAUCGCAGUUCGGGUGUCGCUAUUUUAUAUAAUCCUGCGUUCCAGGUUAUUCAGAGCUCUCGUGACCAGGCGGGCAGAUUGUUAUGCACUGAGUUGUCAAAGGGCGAGUACUGUUUCCAGAUAUGCAACAUCUAUGGUCCCAACAAAGCCCAAGAAGGUUCUGCAUUCUUUGAUUCCUCCACCUUUCGUAAACGUGUUUCUUCCUUGGAGAACUCCCUGUUUCAUCUAAGUAAUGGUGAGGAUGUUAAUCAUCUUGUUAAUACAACCAAAGCUGAAUUAGAAGACGCCCAUCGCCAACAAUCUCGAGGUGCUCGCAUUCGUUCGAAUAUUCAAUGGGCAGAGGAAGGUGAAGCUUCCACAGCAUACUUUUUUCGGUUGGAGAAGAAACGUGGCCAACAGCGUCUAAUUACAGCUAUCACGAAUUUGGGUGGUGUGGUGGUUAGCACCUUCAGGCAAAUUUCCUAUGCGUGGAUUGGUUUUUAUGGUCAACUAUUCACCUCUCAAGCUCUUCACCUUUCCCACCAAGAUUAUUUUCUUCACUCUCUGACGCAGAAACUUUCUGCCAGCCAACUCAAACUUUGUGAAGGUGCACUCACCGAGGACGAAUGUAAGAAGGCACUAGAUGGUAUGGCCUCUGGCAAAUCUCCUGGGUUAGAUGGUUUUCCGGCAGAGUUUUAUCGAACGUUCUGGUCUCUUUUGGGUUCUGAUUAUGUCGAGGUCCUGAAUCAUUGUUAUGCUGUUAACAAACUCUCUCCUUCUCAACGUACCGGAGUCAUCACUCUUUUACACAAACGGGGUGACCGCUUGGCGAUGAAAAACUGGCGUCCGAUCACAUUACUUUGUGUUGAUUACAAAAUUGCAGCGAAAGCCAUCGCGAAUCGACUCCUUGCCGUUCUGCACUUAGUUAUUCACACCGACCAGUCAUGUGGUGUCCCGGGUCGUAAUCCAAACGAAAAUAGUCGGUUACUUAAAGAUAUCGUUUAUCAUGCUAAUGCUAAUAAUAUUGGAGCUGCAGUGCUUUCCUUAGACCAAGAAAAAGCUUUCGAUCGUGUCGAAUGGUCAUAUUUACAUCGAGUGCUUAAACAAAUGAACUUUGGUGAGUCUUUCAGUAAAUGGGUAUCUCUUUUCUAUUCACAGAUCUUUUCGAGCAUUCUCAUUAAUGGUGAGCAAACCCAGGCAUUCAAGGUUACUCGUGGCGUUCGUCAGGGUUGCCCAUUAUCACCUUUGUUAUAUGUCAUUAUUGCCGAGACUGUUGCCUGUGCCAUUCGUGCAAACCCACUAAUUGAUGGUUAUCUUUACCCAAUGGUCAACGGGCAAAGAUUUGCCAGUAUGCUGAUGACACUUCCAUUCUCAUCCAAUCCGAUCAUUCGCUGCGUGAGGUUUUCUCCAUUUUCGAUCGAUAUGAACUUGCCUCCGGGGCAAGAUUGA